UAGGGUUUGUUCCUUGAUGUAAGUUUUGUUUGUGUAGUUACUUGGGCCCAACGAACGUCCAUGUGAUUUAAUCUUACAAAGAUCAAACAAGAGUAUUAUAAGUGAUAACAUUUUAAAAAGUAGGCGAGCUUUGACGUUUUUAUAGAAGAAAUCAAGCUUUAAAUGCGAUUGUAUUUUGACCAAUCACCAUGGCCGCUGCAGGAACUGGUUAUUUAACUGAAGUAUCUCACUCCCUCAACGGAAACGCCCUUUCAACAUUACAUUCUGCUAGUGACGCCUCUUUUAAUCCAAUGGUCUCUUCUAAUAAUCAACGUCAAACACCAGAGGGCAGUAUUGGUCUUAAGCGGCGAAUAGGCUUGAUGAGUGGAGCGUCUCUUAUUGUUGGAACAAUGAUUGGUUCCGGAAUAUUCGUCUCUCCGAAAGGUGUUCUACAAAGAUCGGGAUCGGUAGGAAUGAGUUUGCUUGUAUGGACUGGUUGUGGGUUGUUAUCACUUUUAGGGGCUUUAUGCUAUGCCGAAUUAGGGACAAUGAUAACAAAAUCUGGAGCGGAGUAUUCCUACCUAUUAGAAGCCUUCGGCCCCAUCCCAGCUUAUCUCUUUUCGUGGGUUUCAGUAUUCGUAUUGAAGCCUUCUAUGCUUGCUAUUAUUUGUCUCAGCUUUGGCGAGUAUGUUGUAGGCCCACUUUCUGUUGGAUGCUCUCCUGAUCCUCUACUGGUAAAGCUUGUAACCAUAUUAGCUAUAGGCAUUAUAACAUUUAUCAACUGCUUCAGUGUUCAGUUGGCUACCCAAAUCCAAAACAUUUGCACAGUAGCUAAACUUUCAGCUGUGGCCAUUAUUGUCGUUGGAGGAGCCGUUAAACUAUCUCAAGGACAUAUCCAGCAUUUUAAUAAAGGCUUUGAAGGAACCUCAAGCUCGUUUUCUGAUAUAGCUACUGCGUUUUACAGCGGAUUGUGGGCUUACGAUGGCUGGAACAACCUGAACUACAUCACAGAAGAAUUGGUAAAUCCUUUUGUGAACCUGCCAAGAGCAAUCUACUUUGGGAUCCCCUUGGUUACUGUUUGCUACGUCCUUAUCAACAUAUCUUAUUUAACUGUAAUGUCAACAACAGAGGUCCUUGCUUCGGAAGCCGUAGCAAUGACUUGGGCAUCUCGUGUAUUGGGAGUCAUGGCAUUUCUUAUGCCACUCACAAUAGCUAUAUCCACUUUUGGAGCUGGAAAUGGAACAGAUUUUACGACAGGCAGGUUAACAUUUGUUGCUGCAAGAGAAGGCCAUCUGGUGGGAAUUUUAUCAUACGUGCACAUCCGUCGUUUUACACCAUCACCAGCUUUAAUAACAAAUGCUAUUUUGGCGAUCUGUAUGAUAAUACCAGGCAAUAUUGGGAGUUUAAUAGACUUCUUCAGCUUUACAGCAUGGUUGUUUUACGGAGCAACCAUGACGGCGCUAGUGGUUUUGCGUUGGAAGAAGAAAGACAUAGCUCGGCCUUAUAAGGUACCGCUAGUCGUUCCCUUUGUUGUUAUGGCUAUAUCGGCCUAUUUGGUGCUAGCUCCAAUUAUUCAACAACCCCAAAUUGAAUAUUUGUAUGCAUUGUUGUUCAUUGUGUCGGGACUGAUUCUCUACGUUCCCUUUGUCCACUAUAAACUGGAGUUGCGUAUCAUGGAUAAAAUUACAGUCUUCCUUCAGCUGUUGCUAGAAGUUACUCCAACAAGCCCAAUAACAAGCUGAGCUUGUUUGACUUUGAUGUCAUAGGAUGUGUUUUAUAUUUCAAGAACUUGAUAUUGUGAGAGAGAAGACUUUACACAAGUAUCAAAGCAGAUAAUUUCAUAGCUGAGUUAUUUGAAUGAACAUGUGAUCUGUCCACACAAAUGUUCAAACAUAUUUUCAUUCUUCAAUCAAAUCUAUAAAUACACCAAUUUCCAAUGAUCCUAUCUUAGAGUUUUAUAAUACAGCAGUUAUUUUACAUGGAUAUGGAAGUACCAAAUUAAUUUACUUUUAGCAAAAAAAAAUGUUGAAAGAUAGUUAAUUUUGCUGUUUGUGUUUUAAAAUUUUUGGUCAAAUUUCAUAGGACCUUUGAGUAAGAUAAUCACUGUGUAUGUAUUAUCCAUCCACUUUUACAAAAUAUAAUUAUAAUUUAUUAAAUAAAACAGAAUUUUAUUUAUAAAAAAAAAUAAAAAAAAUUACUGACAAGAGACAUUGUGUAUGAUAAGUGAUUUAGCAACUAAAACAACACCAUAUGUAACCGUACCAAUAAUAAUACUAGAAAUCUAAAGCAGUGUCUUUCAAAGAAUUGCAAUUUGAUAAAACAGCCAGCUAUUAUGCCUAAUGGUAGGAAAUCAUAAAUAUGUCCAGCAGUGGUUUGAGUAAACAAAAAAACUUCCAGAAUCUAACUUGGCCAGCCCAGACCAGAAUUUUACUGAAAUCUCACAACUGAAGCUGCUUUGUAAAGUGAAUGGAA